AUGACCUUGGACCAGCAGGAUCAGAAUGCCACGGGCGACCAUGAUCACGCUUUGAAGCCUCAAACCAGCUGGGUCGCGGGUCUUCCAGGUCGCCACGUCGUUGGGCCCUACGUGCAGUCCAAUGCACUCGAGCGUCUGCGCGUCUGGGAGGUGCGCAAGUACUGUCAGAUCAAGCCGGCUCUGAGCUCUCAGGGCGAUGAUUUCAUCUCGCACUCCGAUGAUCUGGAAAGCGGUGACUAUGCCCUGACUGCCAUCCUGCGCUGCGUGCUCUUGGAACUGGGCGCAGACCUCGCCUUCAUAAGCCUGUUGGACGACUCGACGCAGUACUUCAUCGCUGGCGCGACCCGAUCUGCCGAGCCGACCACCGCGCGAUCCUCGGUAGAGUCCACUCAGUGGUAUGGCUGCGAUGCCGUGCUACAUGCUGGCGGUCUCUGCAACCGCACCAUCCGUCUCGCGGGAGAUUCCGCGCUUUACGAGGAGUUUGACAUGAGGACGCAAGAUUACACCAAAUCGUUGCCCUUCGUCAAUGGAGACAUUGCCAGGCUCCGGUACUACGCUGGUGUUCCUUUGACGACCCCUGAGGGCCAUGCGAUUGGAACCCUGUUCGUCAUGGCGAAUGAGCCCGCUGAGACAUCCUUGUCCGCGCACCAGCAGAAGUUUCUCUGCGACUCGGCGGUGCAGGUGAUGAGGCAGCUGAAGCAGGCUGUCCAAGCAUUGGAGGGUGAGCGCAUUGCCAACUUCAACGCCGCCAUUUCCUCUUUGGCACGCGGACCCCAGACUCCCAACUCCGAGAACAGCACUUCGUCGUCUCGCAGCAAGGAGAGAUCGGUGACGGCAGCAGAAGGCGCGUUGCAGCUGCAAAAUUUCUACGAUCACAGUGCCAAACUCCUGCUCGAUGGUUUUGAUUUCGGCUCAGUCUUUCUGCAAGAGGUCCCUCUACACCAGGGGAACAAUCAGACCUGA